AUGGAGUCCAGUGAUUUGGAACAACUUUUGGAUGCUCCAGCCCCAAGCCCCCGCCGGAGCGGUGCUUGGUUGCUGGGUUUGGGAGUGAGCCUGGCUGUAGUUGCAGUGCUGUCCGUGAAGCAGGGAAGACUCGGUAAGUUGGGCCAUUUUGUCGGCUUGCAAGAAGUCGAAGAAUCCUGCUUUGAGGUGGGCAUGUAUUACGCCAACCCAGUGAAGUUGGACGCCACCGAGCGCACAGUGGAGACCAGCGCGGAGCUGUGCCAGCAACGCUGCCAGGUGAUGCCCGACUGCUCGCAUUUCACCUUUUGGCCGGAUGGUGGCUGCUUGUUGACUGGCGAGGUGUCCUACGUGAAGGCUGCUCCCUUUAAGUUCAGUUCCACAGUGACGGGGCCCAAAUUUUGCCCCGGGGCUGUUCAGGACGCCAAGGAUGCCAUUUCAGCUGCUGACGCAGAGAAAGAUGGAGAUGUGAGUGGAUUGCAAGAGUCCGUAGUAAACUCGGGCAUUCAGCAGGCGCAAAGCAGCUGGGGAGCUAUGGAUUCUGCCAAGGAAAACGUGGCGAACGUGGCGACAGAGGUGCUGGCAGGAGUGAAUGGCACAUCCUGCAGCCUCUAUCCUGCGUGUGUGGACGUGGGGAUCAAGGAGGGAAAUUGCUGCCCCAACGAUGACAAGGUAAGCUUAGGUUGCUGCAAUGGCUUCCCUAAGGUUGUUGAGGAGGUGAAGAUUGCUGCGGGCUCGGAAUGCGAGAAGUUUCCCGCCUGCGCGAAGAUGAACAUCACCGGCGGCUGCUGCCCCACGCCUGAUGGCAUUCAGCUGGGCUGCUGCUCUGAAAUCUGA